AUGGCUAACACUGUUAGGGCCCAUCAUGCAUCAGCAUCCCCGAUCACCGGCGGUGCCUUCAUCGGCGCCAUCCUUCCCCUCCAGACCGACGACUCGGGACGACAGCCCGGAUCCCAACCUGAACAGGCGAGGAAUGCGGCCCCGGCCAAGGAGGCGUUGGCUCGGUUGAAUCAGAUAAUCUCGAAUUACCACACGAAAGCCGCUCUCAUCAUCUUGCACUCGCGUGUUGCACUCCCUCCUUCAUUCACCAAGGGCUCCGAGUCCCCGAGAGUGAACCGCUGGUUUAAUGUUGAGAUAGAGGAUACUGAUAUACUUCGAGAACCUCUGCGACUUUGGAGGACAUGCGACGCCACCGAAAAUCGGCCACCGCCCCUCGUUAUCGAAACAUACCUUGACACGAAAGGGCUCACAAAUAACCAGAGUCUGGUCAUUCUGGAUGAGAACGGGAAGAGAUGGGAUGUGCGCGAGUCGCUCACGGCACUUCGAGGCCACGCGAAGCCAUACCAGUCCGAUAGUGACGAUAUCAUUUUGGAGCGAUGGAAGAUUGAGUUGGGAGGGUCAACGAGCAGACCUCCAGCCGAUCUGGGCUCGAUAUUACCGACUGUGUACAAGAAAAGCAUUGUGCUCUUCCGAUCCUUGUUCACAUACUCCAAGUUUUUGCCUGCGUGGAGAUUCUCCAAGCGCAACAAGAAGUCACGGAGAAGCCCAGCUCUUGAGAUCAAGUAUCGAGUGGUAGAUGCAGACGCGCACCGAGAUGCUCCUAUUGACCAUUUGACGGCUCCGUUGAGCGAGGGCAGUGGAAAGGUGGUGGAUACCUACAGCUUUGGAGUCACAGAGUCGCCUGCAGGGCCUUUCUCAGUUCAGGUCACGUAUCGCACGAAUUGUGACUUCCGCGUGGAUGAUUCAGAGGCUUUGUUGAGCUCGCGGUUCAUGGGUGCCGACGACGAGAUUUUUCGUCCGUCGUUGCCUUCAGAGGAUAUUAAUCGCCUCAAUCCUGAAGUAGGGUCGGUACCGGUAGGAAGAAGGACAGUUGAGAAUCCUGACUGCACGCGCGCAUACGGGAGUCUGUCAACGUUCCAUCAAGUCGGUCCAGCGACGGGGGCAAGCCCUAUCUCAGCGUUACGCGCACUCAGAGACUCUGGCGCAACGUCACCUUCUCCAACAGAAACCCCCAAGAAGCUCCUUCCUCCUGCCAAAGUGGUGCCUACUGGCCGAGCCGCGCAAAUCGCCGGCGAAAGUGGCCCAUCCAGCUUCCCUCGUCGCCCUUCUAUUUCCUUCCAACCCUUCAAAGCUCCCCCUCUUUCUGCUUCUCCAGCCCUGGCAGACUCUCCCUUGGGUGCCUCGCCUCGUAACAUGUCCUCUCGCAUGCAGACGGGCACAUCUGCCGAUUCACGCUUCAUGCCACCUCCUUCUUCGGCCGCUUCUGCGCGCCGACCUCUUUCCAUCCCAUCCGAACAAGCCAUUUCAUCCUCCAAUUCCGCAUCUCCCAAACCAGCUCCUCCUAUUUCUCGAUACAGCAGCUCCUUCAGUCACAGACGAGGCCGUCUCUCCGCGGGGGCAAACAGACUCGACGACGAGCAGUCGAGCGGCAGAGCGAGUGCUACCUCAUCCAAUGCUCAGCCGGGAUCAGGUCUAUUGGCCGAGGCUACUGGAACGAGCGCGGAGUCUAUCCACGCAGACGAUGAAAACAUUUCCGACUUCCUCAAAAUGCUUGACUCGAAGAAGGAUUUGUUGAAGUCUUCUACUUCGGCAUCCAUUCAGUCUGGUACCCAGAGACUCUCCUCAACCCAACUUGCUCUGAAUCGCUUCCGAGCCAUGCGCGACUCCAAUGAUGUUUUGUCGGAUUCCAUGUCAGCUUCUAUGCAGGGACAUCGGCCUUCGAUCUCUUCAAGCAAGCAGCUCUCCGGGGUUCCGCCUAUGGUCUCGGGCACCUCAAUCUCCACAGCAUCCUCCCCAGGAAAGCCCAUCUCUCCGCACACUCCUCACACCCCUCAUACUCCCGCUAUUCGUUCUCGGCUGAGCUCCAACAGCGUUGCCGAUGAUAUUGAGACUGAUCACCGACGGAUUCCUCGUAUCGAGCACGACUCUCCGCUGGAAGAGCAUCCUAGGAUUGAGGGCAACCAGGGUCCUUCUUCUGCUGCCGGUGCUAUCGACAUUCCUACUUCGCCUCGCGUUUUCUCCCCUGCUUAUCGUCGCUCGAGUUCUGCCGCUCAACGCCGGGCGCCAGUCACGGGUGACGAUGAUGAUAUCUUCCCCUUCGGUCUGCGCAGCCUCAGUCUCGGGGCCGAUGACCGGCCUGCUGUCAGCCCGGAGCCCAUCCAGCCACAGAACGAAUACGCGAGCUCCGACACUACCACCUACGACGCCCAGAAGGGCCAGCAGUCCUCCAUCGAAAGCCCAACCGUGCCCUCUGCACCUACUGGUGGUCGAUAUCGGGAUGGUGCCUCUCUUCGCGGCCAAAUGUCCGGACCAACAGGAGCAUCCGCUUCCUCAAACCCCCAUCUCUACCAGCCUCGCUUUGCCAGCUUCCGCGGUCGAGGAAACUCUGGCGGGCACUCACUAAGCUCUGCAUCCAGCAGUCUAGCCCGAGGUGCCAACAUCCCACCGCACCUGGUCGAGCGCGAUCAAGAUCGCGACGGUAACGCCAGCGGAAGCAACAGCGGAAACUCAACCAUGGAGAUCCGCCGCGGCUCAAUGCAACGCCCUGGAACAGGACGUACCUUCUCAGCCCAAGCACCGGAAGACGACGAGCCUCUGCUUUUCGCCAUGAGCGACUUUGGUGCCUCGCGCCGCAGCUUAGAGGAGAACCGUGGCAACCACGGCGGUGCCGACUCCGCUGGGGGCUCGCGGCGUGGUAGUGGGAGACGAGGAGCUGGGCUCCCGAACUUCCAUAUCUGGUGA